UGGUUUUAGUAACAAUCGGUUCGCUCCACUUCUGCAGCUUAUUUCAUUACAUUGUAAUAUUUAAGAAGAGAGUAAAUUAAUAACAAGGGUGUUCUAACUUCCAUGCCGAAAAGAAAGGCUAAGCAUUCUGGAUGGACAUAUGGGAAACGGCAAAAGAUUCCAAUCAAUUUGGGUGAUAAGGAAGAUAAUUAUUCCGAGGAGGAUCAGAUCAGUCAGCUACCAGAUGUCAUUCUAAUUAGCAUUCUUUCCUUAUUGGGUAUCAGGGAAGCAGCAAGAACUCGUGUCCUCUCUAAGAGGUGGAUCUGUGUGUGGAAACAGAUUACUUGUCUCAACUUCGAUGAUAUAGAUGCAUUAUCCAAACCACAGAAGAAAAGAAGGCAACGAGUGAAAACAGCAUCUAGUUACAAUUGGGUGAAUCAAGUCUUGCAAUUGCACCAGGGUCCAUCCUUAGAUGAAUUCAAAAUUCGUUCUUCCUCACUCGAUUACAGUCCUAGUAGUUCUGAAAUCGACAAUUGGAUUGAAUUUGCAAUGUGGAGGAGAGUUCAAGGCCUUGAGAUAGAUUUGGAAGCAGGCAGACGGUCUCGUUUUUCUUCUCCCAGUUAUAUCUUUCCAGAUAAGCCAUUUAGAAGCCCUUUUGGUAUUUCCUGCAUCAAGUCCCUUAAACACCUCUCUUUGUCCUUUGUAAAUAUAACCGGCGAACUUGUUUAGCACUUUCUAUCCUACUGUGAACUCCUUGAGCAUCUCUGCAUUUCUUGCUCAGAUCAAUUAGUAAAUUUGAAAGUUGCUGGUUCAUCACUCCGGUUGAAUUUCCUACAAAUAAGUGAGUGUACGUCUUUAGGAUUAGUUGAGAUUUGGGCUCCUAAUCUCGUAUCAUUUAUUUAUAAGGGAAU